GUGAGACCUUCUGGUGAGCAGUGACGAGUACCCCAAUUUGUAGACUUCUAGACAGUCGGUGGGGCGAACAAGAUGAACCCCUCUGUUGAGUAUUUUUAUGCGGAUGUGCAGCACCAUGAUACUUCCUGUCAACGCGUGAUGAAACCGCGCAGGCUCCACCUGAACCUCAGGAAUCCUCUUUUUUUGCCGAGGCGUACAACUGUCAAUAAUUUCCUUGAUUGAUUCUUCAAGAACAUGACAUACUGCGUACAAUUCUUCAGGAUCAUGACCGCGUCGUGCUCAUCGUUGAAUAAUUUUAAACGACCAUGCAUCGCACGCGCACCCUUUAUUCGAUUUUGAACGAAGCUCGCGCAACGAACUGAGUUAAAUCGCGAAACAACUCCAUGUCCAUGAAGAUGCAGCAUGUUGUGAUGUUGUCGAAAGGUGGACAGCCUAGUGCUGUGACGAAGAGCCUUUGCGGCAGGACGCAGAGAGCACACUUGAGUACAACAGUGACGCAGAGAGCACACUUGAGCAGUACAACGGUAGGCGGCCUGUGCGGUAGGACGCAGAGGGCACGGUGUAGUACGACUACAGUGAUUGGACGCACUACAGCUGUUCGUCGGCUGGACCGGUACCAAUACGGAGGAAGCAGUAGCAGCAGCACGACAAAUGCAUUGUCGAGUUUGCAUUUUUAUGCGUUUAUCAACUUCUUAGAGUGUUCUUGAUGAUGAAGAAUAUGUUCCCAUGAGAUGAGGUCUUCAACCUAUUCUUACUUGAUGUGCAUGUGCUUGUUAAAUUUGAUGUACGUACGACGAAGUAGUUAACCUUAAAGUUCGUAAAUGCGGAUCAACACUAAGGAGCCGAACAAGAACGUUGAAUGAAUGCUCAUUUUCAACAACACCCAUUCUACAACGGAUUGGAAUUAUACAAAUACAAUACGUUCAUCUAGACUACUUCUAAGUUCUUGUUGUACACCCAGGAGCGGGGGAACAGUUCUGCAGGAGCAUUCAUUCGCUUAGGAGGUCCACGUGUGUUCAGAGGCGUGGCAUUGCUGGAAAAGUAGAGGUAACGGGAGGACCCCAAGCAACCUAUGACGCCCUUCUAGACGGUGGAAAGAUCAAUCGGGAUGAAAACCAGGUGGAAGUCGUAAAGCAUCUCGAAGCUUUGUCGAAUCUGAUUAAGUUAUGAGAACAUCAACAGGAACAGCUACUGUAGGAGUGUUGAAGGCGAGGAACAGUUGUACUGAGGCACAUCAUCUACUUCAGGGGUGCAGGAGGUAGACCUAGACGUAGAUGAUAGUUUCAGUUUAUUUUCGAUAUACAGAUCAUGAUAGAGAAGAUAAAAAGGAGCAUGAUGAUACGAUGUGGAGUAGAUCCAGGCUUCCUUCAAAUCUAGGAUAGAGACAUACCGGGUCGGCUGUCGUAACCGCACCUCCGUUUUUUGAAAUUUCAGACUUCUAAGGAGCGAUUAUGAGCCAAGAGAUUCCCCUGGUGCGGCUUCGGCCGCUCCGGCAGCAGCAAGCACACAAGCCGCUUCCGGAGGAGGAUUCUUUGCAAGCCUUUUCGGUAUGAGCUAGUGAUAGUUUAAUAGUAGGUAUACUAUAAUGAGCUUCGCAAUUGAACACCUUUAACCCAUGUUUUAUGAGGAGCGGUCAGGGAGUUGCUGUUGCGCCCACCCUCCCUGGUGCCUUGGUUGUAGUUGUACGUAGAAGGAAUAUUUAAUUGUUAGAAGAUUCUCCUUUCAGCUAGCUUUGUGGUCUAGUAUAAUCUAAUAGAAGCAAGAACUGCUUGAACACUUGUUCUCACUCCAUGUUUUAGUAGUUCGACAACUGUCUCUAGUACUCCGACUCCUGCAUCGGUUGUUGUCUCUACUCCGCCUACUGUAAUAUCAUGUACAAAAUUGUUCAUUUUUUCUAUGCUUUCAAGGUUCCUAAUUGUUCAAGGAGUCCUCGCGAUGAGAGCAUCUCUCUCUAAUCAGUUAUCAGUAAUAACGAUCUUCGAUGUAAACGACCUCGUUCUCGUUUAAUAACAAAUCGGAGGAGCAGCACCGCCAAAUCUGAACCGAGGUGGCGGGCCACAAACCGGAGGUGAGCUUCUUCCAGUAGUAGUUCUUCGAAUCCUGCAGCGACAACUGCCGCCCCUCGCGCCCCUCAUGAGAGCAUAUCUCUCUCUUCAUCUCUGUACUGCGCCUCGCGCCCCUCAUGAGAGCAUAUCUCUCUCUUCAUCUCUCUACUGCGCCUCCUUUUUUUCGUCCAAGAUUCGCUUGCUCUUCUUCAUGUGUCCUUCCUUGUUAGUUUCUCUGUGGCAAUUAAGUUGAUCUUUGCGGCAGCAAAGAAUACCGACUGAAUGCACUGAGAAUACUGAUACUGACUGAAUUUCAAGCAAAGAAUACUGGCUUGUUCACUCUUCAGGUGGUGCCGCCACGACUCCGAAUCCUCCAGCGACAACUGCCGCCCCUCGCGCCCCUCCACCGGCUGCCACACCGGAACUGAAGUUUGAUCACCCAAGAGGGCUGUAUAUCUACGGAGGCUGCGGAAGCGGGAAAUCUUUUCUUAUGGCACUUCAUGUUGUGUUUCUAUUUCUUUUGGAUUAUCUUCUGCUUGCUUGGUAUUGGGUUUAGGAGGAGAGCCGCGACGCAACCAAACUGUGAUAAAGAAAGAACUUCUCAAGAUGAAAAGGCUCCUGAGUUCUUACUUCAAGUAGUAGUAGAUCAACCCUAUUUCUCUAAUCUUCUGAUGGAUCUAUUCUACGACACGCAGACGCAUAUAGAGCGAAAGCGUCGCGUUCAUUUCCAUGAGUGGCUCAUAGAAGUGCACGAUAGAUUGCACAAGAAAACACACGGGAAAGGGCACGCUAAAGCCGAUAGUGUCUGGAGCGCGACUGCAGCAAGAGAACAGCGAGAGUCGCUACAGGUGUUCAAAUUGUUCGAUCAUCAUAGAUAUUUAUAUGUUUUUGACAAGAAGGUGUGGGUGGCUUAGAGCCUUUCGACAUAUGCAUUCCUCGGAUUUAUCAAGCAAAUGCCUCUCCUCUUUUGUAGUGGUGACACGACCACUUCUGAUUUCAUUCAUGCUCCUCAGCUACCACCCAAAUAGAACAAUCCGUAUACGAGGUUUAUUAGCUUGUUCUAGACCCAUUUUCUUUUCCAUCAACUACCGUAAUCGUAAUAAGUGCCUGGUCGAAGAUGGACUUGCGCUGUAGAACUGAACGACCUCAAGAACCAGUAGAAGCUCUACCUUCAAUACCCUACCAAUACCAUCUUCAGGCUGGUUCCUCCGACAAGGAUAAGAAAAGCGAUAUUAUGGAAUCCAUAGCAGACGACAUGAUUCUAGAAGCUUGGCUUUUCUGCUUUGACGAAUUUCAGGUGACCCAUAUAUCCGAUGCGAUGAUCAUGAAUUAUGGCUCCUGCGUAGUUGUGUUUCCGUGAUUGCAACAUGCAUACCUUUUCUAAGGUAAAAACCAAAAGCCCUCAAACCAUGGAGUGAGUGUUCAAAAAUACUCUGCUUUGAUGUUGUUGAUCCACAUGGUUGUGAUGAAUUGUGGCUACAACUUGUACUCUCAGACCGUCAGUCCCUUUUGCUCCCGUAUUCCUCUUUCAUAUCCCGCAGCUUUUCAGCAUUUUAUUUCGAAAGGGAGCAGUUGUCGUGAGCACAAGCAACCGCCCUCCAGAGGACCUGUAUCUGAAUGGGCUGAACCGACCACUUUUUCUUCCCUUUAUUCCUUUACUCAAAGAUUACGGCUAGUACAGGAGUCUUGUAAUUGUUUUCGUCUCUUCUUAUCCUCGUGGGCGGGGUCUGAAUCAACAUGAGGACUGCUUUAAUAGAGUUGUAAAAGACUGUUCUGUAGUAUAAUCGAAGAAAUCUUGGUUUCGCAAGUACAACUACAGGUCCUCCACCUCAGACCUUUUUUGCAAGUACUAGAGCUUCGGAAGAACAAAAGACUUUUGUUCCUUCUUCUAAUCUGCGCGUUGUGAGGUCGUGGAUAUCGCGAGUCAAACUGACUAUCGUCUCGUAACCGAUUAUGCGGAGGACGCUUUUCAGGUCUUCUUUUCGCCAAUUGACGACAAGCAGCGGGCUUUUUUCGACAACAAGUUUAAUUAUGGGUGUAGGGAAUUCAUCUCCCAAGUUAUCUGGAAGAAGAAAACAAGAAGAAAAAGCGAGCUAGAUGAUUCCUGAGAUGAAUUUCCUAUACCUCUAAUUUAAGCGGUUUACAGCUGGCAACGUAGUGCAAGAUGACGUGAUUGAAGUGCAAGGACGCAAGUUCAAUAUCCCAGCACGUGGAAGCAAGGUGAAAGUAGCAAAGUUCGAUUUUAGAGACCUCUGCGAUAAGCCACUUGGGGCUGCGGACUACAUCAGCAUAGCGAAAAGGUACUAAAAUUGCUCUUUCUUCUUGUGUGAAGAUACUUGUUGCCGCUAGUGGUUGUCGCAAUGCGUAAGAACAUCGCCGUAGUAGUUGAUCUUGAUGGCGGAGACAGCCAUGCUGCUACUUCUAGUUUAAUUUGUAACAUACUUCUUCUACAUAUAAUUUAGAUUUGUGCUCGUCCUAUACGAAAAAUCUUCAGCUUCCACACCCUAUUCAUCGAUAACGUUCCCGCUUUGAGCCUGCAAGAGCGGGAUCAAGUCCGCCGUCUCAUCACGCUGAUCGACAACCUCUAUGAGCAAAGAACAAAGUGCGUUUUGCUGAGUGAGACGAGGGCUGCGGAAAUCUUCUCCGUAGUUAAGGUCUGUGUCAAUAUUUUUCCGGAGUUACUACCUUACUGGUUGGCCUCGCAAGUAGACGCUAAUAGCUACACAAGAGGUACCAUGGGCCUCCUUUUCAAUAAGUUACUUUGAAACACGAGGUACCAUGACAUGACAUGACCAAGUAAAGCUGUGAUUUGGAAGAUCAGAUUGGAGACACAUGACAUGACAAGCCAAGUAAAGCAGGAGCAAGGGAGAGAGACCGCUGAAGUAUCCUUUUCCUUGACAGCAUCCGUGGUCGCGUCUUUUUCAAGUAGUAAAAGGGCACAGGAGGGAUGGUCGUGGUCUCAAGGAUGUGACUGCGGUUGUACUGAGUUCUAAUGUAGAUCCAUCAGUGGACAAGAAAACGGCGAUCCAAGACGAGAUAUUUGCGUGGGAUCGAACGGUCAGUCGUUUGACGGAGAUGUCCAGCAUCGAAUAUCUUAGGGAAAGAGCGCAAAGCCUGCCUCCUAUGGAAUUCUGGGCACAACUCUCGAUCAUACAGAAAUUUCAGGCUAAUGGUACUAUCAUCUUGGGCACUACUACUCUACUUUCAUCUUGAUUUUGGAUACUUCUUUUCAGGUGAACAUACAAGUACAAGUAUGCUUUUUCGUAAUUAAUUUUGAAGCAGGUUCGUUGUUUCACACCGACAUUCGUCACAAGUAGAAUUCUUACUCCUUCAUCCUGACGAUCUACUGCAUUUUUUCUAGGACUGGCAUGUAAUAUUCAACAUGAGCAACUUACUACGACACUGCUGCCACCCCACAGGAAUAGGAAGCUACUUAAUAUCCUGAUCUAUUCUUCUACCUCUGGCAGGUACCAGUGGCCCCGGUGGGACCCGUGGUGGAUUCCGACGCACGAAGUCUCAGUUGACGACUAUCCAAGACCCCGAAAGCAGCAAGUAUGCAGAUGAGGAGAUUGAUGAAAUCUGGAGUCGGUUUGACGUCGACCUAUCGUUAAGGUGGUUUCCAACAUUACUUUUACUUCUUCCUUGUAGUUCAGUAAGAGUAACACAACUAAGUUCAGUACAUCCCUGACUUAUCAUUACAUUCUUCACUUUUAUCUUAUCAUUAAGGUGGUUCAGUAACACAACUAAAUAAUUAACUUGUGAUUUUUCAGUAAGAUUACUCAGUAACUACAGUGAAGAAUGUAAUCUUGUACUUAGUUAGUCCUGACUUAUCUAUCAUUACAUUCAUAUACCCCGCGAAUGGGUACAUCAAUCAAUCAAUCAAUCAAUCUUCACUAUAAUUAACUUAUCAUUACGGUUUGCUUCCCACAUUAAUACAUCCUUCACGAACUACAUCCCUGACUCUUUUUCACUUUGCUUCCUUAUCAUUAACAUUCCGACUUUACUUCCUUAUCAUGAAGGAUUCCCUGACUCUUUGUCUUUUUCCACCGUGACGGUCUCAGAUAUAAUAUCUGAACUUGGACAAUGGACAUGAUAGGAACUCGUCAGAUAUAUCGAACUAUGGUCAUACGAAAGUUGGGAAUCCUCGAACUCUGAUACAUCUGAACUUGGAUCAGAGACUUCCAAGCCCUCUCUAAUAUCAGGCGAGCUGGAUAGAGACGAACUUUCCACAGUGGUCCAUGAAAUCCGGACAUUUCACGGCUCAGCGAAUGAUAUCACAUCGGGUAUUAUUGUUUAUAAAUUUGCAUGCUCUGGUUAGAACUUCUAGAUGAAGAUGAAGAUAAUCAGAGGGAUACUCCCACUUAUUUCAUUCAAGAAUCCCACUUAUUUCAUUCAAGAAUCCCACUUAUUUCAUUCAAGAAUGAUAUGCCAUGACUUGUGUUCCUACUUCAUCUUGUACAGGAGCGAAAAUAUAUUUAGUCUCCUCAUCAUCUUAUUUAUCAUAGUAGGACUAACCGGAGGAUUUAGGUUAUCAUAGUACGAAGCUCGUAGAACUCAGAAGAGAUUCAGGGAAGUCGUAGGCGCAAUCCGAACCGACUAACGCCAUCAUCGUAGUACGAAAUGGUCGCCAUUAAUCGUCCUGCUUUCAUUCAAAACUGAGUUUUAUACCCCGCGAUUGGGUACACUACUACUAAUACUACGAUCUUCCAGGUUUUUAUCAUAUGAUGAAGAUACGACCCUUCUCUUUUUCUAUCUUUUCUUGGUUUUCAUUUUUUCUAGUUAGGUCUACUGCUCCACCACGCAUAUAAUCAUGAAACAACGAUUACGACUACCACAAGGAGGACAAAUACUUAUAAUUAAAAACAUAAACACUGCAUGCCCGUCAAUUUGACUGGGUAUAUCAUCGUCAUCAGAUGAAUUCGACAUGGUUUGGCGUGCUUUCGAUACGGACGAGAGCGGCACCGUCGAUAAGGACGAAUUUCGUGCUUACGUUAAGAAAUACACACUGGAACGAAUGCCACCGUUUCAAAUCAGUCCUGCUGGCAGCAGUCCCGAACUUAUCGUCAAAAUGGAUCGAAAAGGGAGCACGAGGGGAUCAUGAAGAAGAACUGUUCUUGUUUUGUUGUAUUAAGGAGGAGCAGCUGAAGAACUUCUUGCUCUGAGGCGAAGAAAGAGGAUGAACAAGAAGAGUGAUACUGGGAAUUAUCUUCGAAUAAAGAAGAUGCUUUGCUUUUGAUGAGAUAUAAUAUUUAUACUUCUGGAAGUAGUUUUUGAUCUUUUUAUAGUUAUGAAGAUAUAUUUUUUUUCUUAGUUAUGAUAGAUAGAAGUGGCCGCAAAAAUAAUUUCUUACUUGAGGACGGACCGUUGAGGUUGAUGUCGCUAUUUCUUUAUUAUCAUGAAUUACAGAAAAGUAGAAACCCUGAACAGUACUUAAAAGAAAAUGUUAUUCUUGUUAAACGAUUCGCGAAAUCGCAGCUAAACGCAAAAAUGUCGGGCUCCUGUUGUGAAGUGGGCCCUGGCUACUUUCUAAGGUUGUCACGAAUGACAGGAUCCUUGAAGGAGAUGGCUUGGAGAUGUUCAAAUCACUAGUGCAGCAUUGUUCUCCAAAGCAAACACCUUUUCACCGUCUUUAGUAGAGCAUACACUUUAAUAAUUCUCUCUUGAAAGAAACAUGUUGUCGCGGCAGGAGCAGCAGGAGGACCUGAUAAGG